AUGAGUCUCGAAGAUGACGAUGGAAUGCUUUUGAACUUCACUACAGACGUUAGUAGUGAAGAUAGAGUUGGAUCUAAAAGUAAUAGUAAAGUAACAGGUGGGAAAUGGAAGGAUAGAAGAAGGGCCAAGUUGUUACUUGAGGGCCGUAAACCUCGUGGAAGAGCUAGAGGACAAGAAUUUCCUGGUGCUGAGGUUAGUGGAGAAGGGUCUGAAGAUUUAGGCGAGGGUGAGUUGGAGGUUAAACGUUCAAGAUACGAACAAGUCAAGGCGAGAGAGGAAGCGGCAGCCAAGCCAGCAGCGCCUCGGGAGGUGCAGCUAAACGCUCAGAUUGUUUCUUCAUUGUUUACAUCAAGUAGGACUAUUGAUACGGUGACUAAUAAUAACGCACACGAUGAUAGUGCGGAGGUAAAUCCAUCGAAUGCUCCGUUAGUUGGGGACACGUUUGAAGAUUUUGGUAUAACGGAGACGAUGGUGAAGCAUUUGAACGAGAAAAUGAAGAUUUCGAAGCCAACCAAGAUUCAGAAGUUGGUGAUUCCUCCGUUCAUGCAAGCGAAGAACGAUUUGUUCAUUCACGCUCAAACGGGGUCCGGUAAGACGUUGGCGUUCUUGUUGCCUAUUUUCCAAAAGAUUCUCUCGUUAGGCCAGAACGUGAAUAGACAGUCGGGUUGCUUUGCGCUAAUAGUGACGCCAACGAGAGAAUUGGCCAACCAGAUCUACCAAGUGACGACGGAAUUGGCGCAGUGCUGUCAUUUCUUAGUGCCGUGUCUACUUAUUGGUGGUGAGAGAAAGAAGUCGGAAAAGGCAAGGCUCAGAAAGGGUGCCAAUUUCAUCAUUGGAACUCCAGGUAGAGUGCUAGACCAUUUACAGAAUACCAAGGUCAUUACAGAACAGUUGGCACCUAGUUUGAGAUACGUUAUCUUGGAUGAAGGUGACAAAUUGAUGGAAUUGGGUUUCGAAGAAACUUUAAAGGAAAUCCUCAACAUCAUCCAUGGCAUCGAUAUCGACAUCCAUAGAUUCCCCAAGCUUCCAAAGAGAAUCUUGCACGUCCUAUGUAGUGCGACUGUGAAGGGUAAUGUCAGCAAGUUGGGCAACGUUACAUUGCAAGACUACAAAUUGAUCAGCAGUGGCCAAAAGCAAACUGAAACGACUACUGUGCCGGACCAAUUGAUCCAAAAGAUCGCUAUUGUCCCUCCAAAGUUAAGACUAGUCACUUUAGCCGGUGUCUUGACGACACUAACUCAGAAACAUUACAAGCUAGCCAAGACUGAGUGCACAAGAACCAUAGUCUUCUUGUCUUGUUCCGACAGUGUCGAUUUCCACUACGAAACUUUCUCAUCCAACGACGGUAACUACAGAGGCCUUGUAGGGGACACAGCGAGAUUGUUGACCAAGGGUAGCACAGUUUUGCCAUGUUUCAGCGAUCAAGAGGACCCCAACGUCAUUUGCUACAAGUUACACGGGUCCCUAUCGCAACAAACCAGAACCGCUACACUAAAACAUUUCGCUACCAAUAACGAUGCAACCAAGGGCAGACAUUUAAUUCUCUUCUGUACAGAUGUUGCUUCCAGAGGUCUCGAUCUACCACAUGUUAGCACCGUCAUCGAAAUGGACCCUCCAUUCGCGGUAGAAGAUCAUUUGCAUAGAAUCGGGCGUACCGCUCGUGCCGGUUGCGAAGGUGAAUCUCUCUUGUUCCUCUUGCCAGGUGAAGAAGAAGGAUACAUGGAUUACAUCAAGCCAUACCAUCCCAAGGGUUGGAAACUAUUGACCUACGAUGAGCAGAUCCUAAGACCUGCUUUCGAGGGUCUCAACGUCAGAAGAACUGACAAAAAGAAGGCCGACUGGGAUAAGCACGAGGCCCAAGCUUGGGACAACAAUGCCACAACUUGGCAUUUGAACGUCGAAAGACGUGUUCUAGAAGACUCCCACUUCAAAGAACUAGCAGUAAAGGGUUACAUGUCGCACAUCAGAGCCUACGCUACACAUCUUUCUCAAGAAAAACAGUUCUUUAAUUUGAAGUGUGUUCAUCUUGGUCAUCUAGCCAAGUCAUUUGCACUAAGAGAGAGACCAAAGUCCAUGGGUCUACAACAAGGUAAGGCUGGCUCUGCCGCUGCUGCAUCUCAAAAGAAGCCUAAGGAAGAUGCAAAGUCUAAAAUGCUUCGUAUGGCCAGAAUGGCCAUGAAACAAAGUAAUGACGAAUUCAACUUUGCAUAA